AUGUUGUGGGCUUUCAGGAAGUCUGGUCCUAUUAAUAGUGCAAUUGUGACAUCUGCGGUGGUGAAUGCUCAACUGUAUGGCCUUGCUCCCAAAUCUCCAGAGGAGGAAAUGGAGGCCAUUUGUUCAUUCUUCUUUAUUGGUCCUAUGUUUGUUCUUCCUGAAGUUUUGGAAGCUAUGUAUGGGAGUGGCAGGGCCCUCUGGCUUGCUGUCUGGUUGUUUCACUUUGAUCCUGUGGUUGAGUGGAUUCUGACUAUGUCUGGAAGUUGGCAGUUCAUAGCGGGGUUUGUAAUAUCCUGUCUUAACUUGUGCCAGGUGUACGGCAGACAAGUCACAGAACCUAUAGCUGGAAGAAAUGAAGAUCCUACGUACAGAUACGUGAAACCAAAUCUUAUUACAGAACUCCUCAACGCCGGUCAGGAUAUUAGAAAAAACUCGAGCAAGGGGCUGGAGUAUUACCUGAAUAACUACGGACCCUUAGCCAAGAUCAUAGUCACAGAUUUCAUGGAUUCGUUUGGCUUCGCCAGAAACCUCCAGCUCGCCAUUCCUAUAGUGGCCAAGAUGUUGGUGAUCAUUCUCUACGCUGCCAUGCAAUUUCAGCCUUCACUGGAGGAGUUCAAGGAAACGGCUCGGUCUGCCUACGUUUUUCUGCUGAGUUUUAACUCUCCAGAACUAAACGUCAUGAAUGACAUCACCGAUAGGGUUUUUGAGGCACUAGAUGGGGAACAUGCUCCCCCACAUUGAUUUAUACCUGGAUUGCACGUUUAUCGAGUUGGCUGUAUUGAGAGAUACGCAGCCAAUGCAACAUAAAGGAGAAUUGUUUGUGAAUGUCCAUAACAGGAAUCGUGUAACUGUGAUCUGAAUUUUACUAAUAAAAUAAUUACGCAGGCCCUUUUUCUGAAAAA